AUGGGAAGUGGAUCAUCAAAGUUGACUGAUGCCGAUUUGGCAUACAUGUCACAACAGACCAACUUGUCAAAGGGAGAGGUUGCUAAGCUCUUUGAAGAGUUCAAGAAGUUUGACAAGGAUGGCAGUGGAGCAUUGGAGCGCACUGAGUUCAUCAGUUUGUUAAAGGUUAGAUUGCCAAACUUCCCAGAGCAACGUAUGUCAGACCUGUUCAACGCGUUUGACACGGACAGGAGUGGAACUAUCGACUUUAAGGAGUUGUCCGUGGCCAUUGGUGUCAUUGGACAUGGAUCAAAGGAGGAGAAGCUCAACUUGUUAUUCGACGUGUUUGAUCGUGACAAGAGUGGCACUCUGGAGAAGGUCGAGAUCGACCAGCUCAUCCGUCUAAUCAUCCAGAUUGGAAAGUCGUUGGGCAAGCCCGAGAAGGACCUGGACCACUUUGUCCGUGCUCUAUUCCAAAAGAUCGACGCUGACAAGAGCAGCACAAUCAGUCGCGACGAGUGGGUCACAGAGGGAAGCAGAACGCCAUCAUUAUUGUUCCUGCUUGGUGUCAGCGCUGGCACUCAAUAA